UCCCUCUGCACCCCAGAGACAGAAGGACGCAGGGGUCUGUUGGAGGUGACUGCUGGAAAAGCAGGGGAGGCAUCUGUGGAAGGUGGAGGGCUGGUGGCCCCCCCAGCAGUCAGGAAGGGGAGCCAGCUAGUGAGAAGAUCGCCCAGAGGCAUCUGGGACGUUUUGUGGGAGAGCCCCGAAGAUCACAGCCAUGCCUCACAGCUCCGACAGCAGUGACUCCAGCUUCAGCCGCUCUCCUCCACCUGGCAAGCAGGACUCAUCCGAUGAUGUGAGGAAAGUUCAGAGGAGGGAGAAGAACCGCAUUGCUGCCCAGAAGAGCCGACAGAGGCAGACACAGAAAGCCGACACCCUGCACUUGGAGAGUGAAGACCUGGAGAAACAGAAUGCAGCUCUGCGCAAGGAGAUCAAACAACUCACAGAGGAGCUGAAGUACUUCACAUCCGUGCUGAGCAGCCACGAGCCCCUGUGCUCCGUGCUGGCCAGCGGCGCCCCCUCACCUCCCGAAGUGGUAUACAGCGCCCAUGCCUUCCAUCAGCCUCACAUCAGCUCACCACGCUUCCAGCCCUGA